AAAUAGACAACUGAUUUAAUUUUAAUUUUUAAUUAGGGCAAUCUUGUAAAGAUGUCCGACGAUCGUGGUUUAUUUUUCUAAGUUUCUGACAAAGUAGUAUUAAUUUUAAUAAUUAGUGACGUUUUAAGAAUAAAUUUUCAUAGCUUUGUAUGUAACUGCGAUUCCUGACCUAGUUAAUCGCAACAAUGGUUAAGAAAAAGAGACAGAAUGACCCCAGCGAGAACGGUGACGAGUCUACGGAAUCUUGCGACGAAACUGCAAAGUCCGCAUGUCCUCACGUUGCCAGAGCCGUGGAGCUCGCGAAGCUGAAGAGGGCAUUAAAAACCAACGGCUUCGAGAAGGAAUGUGUGGAAUGCAAGAAAAGUAGUAACACGGAGGUCGCUGAUACGGAUUUCGAGGAGGACCUCACUCUCUGGAUGUGCUUGCGUUGUGGCACGCAACUCUGCGGUCGAAUGCGGAACAAGCACGCCCUGCACCACUUCAACACGCCGCAUUCCGACCUGCACGCCGUCACAGCCAACACAACCACUUGGGAAAUAUACUGUUACACUUGCAACAAUGAAAUCACUGCCUCCAGUUCGAAAAAACUCCACGAAUGCAUUGAAUAUCUCAAAAAACAAGCCAACAGUAACCCCAAACUGCCACCCAUAGAACUACCGCUAGAAACAACCGGACCAAAAUUGUUAGAACUUACAAUGCCCUUAGACACUUUAACUAGAAAUGAUAAAGGCAGAGAUCUAGCUAUAGCCUUAAACUUGCCUCGUGUAAGGGGCUUAUCAAAUUUAGGGAACACUUGCUUUUUCAAUUCUGUCAUGCAAUGUCUAGUUCAAACUCCAUAUUUGUUAAAUGUCUUGCAAGAAAUGUCCAAUCCAGGGGAAAGGUUCACUUUGCCUGGGGGUACAUUGAAGUUUAAAAGUGAACAGGACGGGGAUGAGGGUAGAGAGUUGGAUCUUCCCCCGAUAACAGGAAAAUUGGCUGAAUGGGGACCACUGACGAGGACAUUGGCUGAAACACUGGCUGAAUUACAGGCAGUUGAGGGUGCUGUGUACACUCCAAGGAAGCUGCUGUCGGCUCUAGUUACUAAGCUGCCUCAGUUUGGUGGUGGAGACCAGCACGAUGCCCAUGAGCUGCUGCGACAUUUGCUUGAAGCUGUCAGAUCAGAAGACCUGCGCCGUUACCAGUCUGUCAUACUCAGCAGCUUGGGCAUGAACUCUAAAGUGGAUCCGGCCAAGGUGGACGGGGAGGUGAAACAGAAAGUGAAGUUCUACGGCCAGCAGGCCUCCGACACCAUGCUGAGACCUGAACAGGUAUUCCGUGGUUUCCUGGUGUCGACCCUGGAGUGCCAGGAGUGCUUCCACCAGUCGGACCGCGCCGAGUACUUCCUCGACCUGUCGCUGCCCGUCGCCACCUCGCGCCCGCAGCCGCCCGCGCUUGUGAGGAGGAAAACGCCUAAUGACGAAAACCUUUACCCGCAAGAAGACAACAAACAGUCAAAACAUCAACUGAAGAAGGAAAGAAUGGCUGCCAAAAAAGCGGCCCGCAAAAAUAAAGGGAACUCCACAAACGACAAGCUGGGUGACACUAACGGAGCAAAAGAAGACGGCAAGUCUUCCUCCGAACAGUCUGACGCCGACGUGGAAGACAACCUCGAAGAUUUACCCAGAACAUCCACCACCCAUUCAGCUUCUGUGGGAACACAGGCCAUGGCGCAUACUGCGGCUAACUUCGCAGCAUACCACAUGGAAUCCGGGUACAACUCCGAAAAGGUCAUUAGCUCCGACUCCAUACGUACAAGUCCAGUGGACUUGGAUAAAGAAAAAACUGACAAUACACCCGAAACAACAGAUAAAGAUAAAGAAUUUGCAGAAGCCACUACCAAUACGUUACCCCUAGAACACAAACCUUUAAUACCGUUAGAGAACUUCUCCAAUCCAGAUUCAGGUGUAGCAAGCCCUGAAGCAACAAAACAUAACUCAACAGAGACGGUAGACAAUGUUGAUUCCCCAAUAAAUGGAAAAGAGUUGGGAAGCCACAGUUCUUUGUCGAGUGAAAUAAACCUUGAUCUGUCGAGUCCCCAACAUAACAAGCUGUCUCCAGUCAAAAGUGAUUUUGAAAGACCAGUUUCGAGAAUUUCAUUUGCACCAGAGUAUUCUAAUGAGGUUGUUUCAAGGGGCAUCAGCGUCCAAGCCAGCAGAGACCUGUUUGAACACAAUUGGGAGUUCAACAGCACUAGGAAUGAAGAUAACUUGUUGUUCCAAACAAAUCACGAUGUGUCAAAUAAGCUUGAAGAGUUAAAACUCGAUAUGGAUUCGGAAAUUCAAUCGAAACCGACUCUGCCCUCUCCGGUGUUAGCUGAGAACGCUCUGGAACCACCACCGACUGUCCCGAAACGUGUCGUUAGAGGCAAAGAAACGGGAAAGACUACGGAACGUGACAUUUCAAGCAGCUACCGUCAGAGUACUUCGUCGCCUAGAUAUGUCUGUGAUGAAGAUGAAUGCUCCAUACAAUCGUGCCUCAGUCAGUUCACUGCUCUAGAACUACUCACUGGCAACAACAAAGUCGGUUGCGAGACUUGCACUGAAAGAAUCAAUGGAAAAGAUGGCAAAACUGUUUACACCAAUGCAACUAAACGGUUUUUAGUGUCAAGCCCACCGGCUAUUCUUAUUCUGCAUCUGAAAAGAUUCCAGAUUGGACCUAGAUGUAUGUUUAGAAAGAUGUCCAAACACGUUGAUUUUCCUACAAUAUUGGAUCUAGCUCCGUUUUGUGCGAUGGAUAAAUUGAAAAAGCUGCCGAAUGUAACCCGCGGACAGAAUGAGCUACUUUACUCAUUGUACGGUAUUGUGGAACACUCUGGUGGUAUGCACGGAGGUCAUUAUGUCGCCUAUGUGAAAGUGCGUGAACCGGUGAAACCCGGGCACCCGAGGUGGUGGUUCCUUCCCAAGAGUGCUAACAUCCCAGCCCCCGGUAGUGGGGACGCCGAUGGGGAUUCGGAAUCUGAUCUUUCUGGUUAUGAGUCCGGAGAAGGUGCAGCUCCGAGCUUCGAAGCACCGCUCGGAAAGUGGUACUAUGUGUCCGAUAGUUUGGUGUCUGAAGUGAGUGAGGAGAAAGUUCUACGUGCACAGGCGUAUUUACUAUUCUAUGAGAGGAUUUAUUAAAUCCUCUAAAAGGUGGGUGCAAAUUACAAACUUUUUGAUUGGCUGAUAGUUUAGGUGAAGUGGCUUGGUAUUAAAAAAUCUGGAUUUUCGAGAUUUGCAUAUUGUCCAUUGGGAAUAUCAUUUAAACAUAAACUACAAUCUACUAAGAAAAGUUACCACACUUGCUUAAUAAAGUUAUAAUCUUCCAAUUCUAUUAUUUAUUUAUUUUGGUAGGCUACAAUAUGGACAGUUAUGGUUCGUACACCUGGGAAUUGGCAAUUGCAGCCACUGCUUGUUAAAAGUAAAUAAUUAAUAUUUCAUUCAGUUAAACUUAUGUAUGAAUUCAUUGUCUUGGGUAUAGGCCUUCUCCAGCAAUUUCCAUUUUCCUCUGUCUCAUCCAGACUUCAUCGAACCCUUACUUGCCACUUGGGCAAUGUCAUCACUCCAGUGCUUCUGGGGUCUGCCAGCUCUCCUUUUACCUAGUGGACCCUGCCAUUCAAUGGUAAGUGUCCACCUCUUGUCCAAGUGCAUACCCUGGCCUAUACCCAAGACAAUGGGAUUCAUAUUCAAAAGAAAACCCUAUUAAAAUUGUAAAACUAACUGUAUCAAUGUAUGAAGUAAAUAAAGGCUUUAUUAUUAUUAUAUAGUUAAACUUACUUUAAACCAAAUACUAAUUAGUUUGAAUAAAAAUCAUCUUAACUGUCAGCCGAUUCUUGUGGUAUGUAGUUUGCGAGGACAAUGUGACGGCCUACAACUGUGUGGCGCUGAUGAAGACUGAUGCUCGGGAUUGUGUUGUGGUGCGUGAAUGUAAAUAGCUUUCAUUUGCGAGCUUUCUUUGAUUUUUAUGGAAAUAAACGUAGUGUGAAAAUUAACUUAUUUAGAAAUGACCGAAACUUUGAUUAUAAGAGCAGAAAUAAUUGAGUCCUCAGCUGCGCGGUACAGGGCAUGACCAAUUGAGGUUUUCUUAAUUGGUCCAGGUCUGGCUGGUGAGAGGCCGUGGCUAGUUACCACCUUACCAACAAAGACGUACCGCCAAGCAAUUUAGCGUUUCUGUACGAUGUCGAGUAGAACUCUAAAGGGAUUUUCAUUCUUCUAACAAGUUAGCCCGCUUCUAUCUUAGAUUGCAUCAUCACUUACCAUCAAGUGAGAUUAUAGUUAAGGGCUAACUUGUAAAGAAUAAAAAAAUACUUGAAUUAAACAAUUUGGACAUUGUUUUCAUAACCCCUCUGGAUCACGUGGCCGAGGACUUUGUGAUUUGUCUAAAGUGUGAGUUUUCAAGUUAACCCAUUGUUAUCUAUAUAAAAAGACAGAUUUAACGUUUUGUUCACUUGAAAACUUACGUUCACUGCAUAGUAUUUACCAUUUAUUUACAUCAUUCGAUACUUUAAAAUGUGACGUUCACCUGCAUACAUAGUCAUUGAUCUCCUAUUAAAAAGUGGAUGCACAAUCAGCGACCAAAAACCGUCUCCACUCAAUGAGUGCCAAACACAACUUCUUGGCACGCAAUUCAAGUCGCAUUUGCAAAUUCAACCUUAAACUCAAUCCUUAAGGUUGAAUUUGCUCUGAAUUUAGGAUUUUAUUGAAUAUUGGACUGUAUUUAAAGGUCUUUAGGUAUAAUUUUCUUUACCAAUAAUUCUAAAACUGUCAUAGCAAAAUUGGCCAGUUUUUAAGUGAAAUUUUCUACAUGAUUGUGCAUCCUUUUAUUAUAAGAGGUCAAUCUACACAGUAUAGAAAUAUUUUCAUACUUGUGUGCAAAAUAAGAUGUCGAGUUGUUUCAUAAUGUUACACCCUAAUAAAUUCUGUUACAAAUUUCGUCUGUUUAUUUGUUUAGUUUUUGAAGUGAUGACUAUUUUAAAAGUUACUAUUUUGUUGCUGUCAAAAUGUUUACACCUCACCGACGAUUCUUAAUUAUAUUCAAUUAAUUUAAGCAAUUAGUUAAAGUGAUCGCGUCCCGAGACACACACUUUCUUUUUUUUUUAACUAGAUGACACGGUCAAACUUUGCUUUGACUUAUGUGCGUUUCUUCCCUAACCCUACUCUUAAAAUAAUAAAAAGAACUCUGUAAAAACCAUUGUCAUGAGGAAUAUUCUAAAAAAGAAUUAGCCAAUUUGGUUCAGCCGUUUUCGAGAUAUGCGCUUAGCAACACAUUUCAUACAUUUAUUUUUAUACAGGAUGCUCGGGAGCAUUUCAUUAUUUGACGGCCUCCGUGGCACAGUGGUAUGCGCGGUAGAUUUACAAGACGGAGGUCCUGGGUUCGAUCCCCGGCUGGGCCGAUUGAGAUUUUCUUAAUUGGUCUACGUCUGGCUAGUGGGAGGCUUCGGCCGUGGCUAGUUACCACCCUACCGGUAAAGACGUACCGCCAAGCGAUUUAGCGUUCCGGUACGAUGCCAUGUAGAAACCGAAAGGGGCGUGGAUUGUCUUCCUACUCCUAACAAGUUAGCCCGCUACCAUCUUAGAUUAAAUCAUCACUUACCAUCAGGUGAGAUUGUGGUCAAGGGCUAACUUGUAAAGAAUUAAAAAAAAAUAUAUGAAAAAAAAGUUUUUUUAUUUUGUUUAAAAAAAAAAUAGUUAUGCAGUUCGGCUCCUGGUUAUGUGGACUUGUCAACACCUUGAAGUUACGGGAAAUACCCCGCAACAUUCUGUAUAUAGAAUUAUAGUAAAUAACGUUGUCUCUAACCUCAGACUAAUUAAAUAAAGACCUGCCUCGCAAGACAUUAUUUUUCUGUCAAAGUAUAUGAUCAACGAUCUUAUGCGAUUAUAAACACUGUCUCUAAAGAAUCGAUGUUUCAUAGUUUACAAUCGUGUCCGUCGGUUAAAAACCUCCGUAAAAACACCUUUUUGUGUAGUUAUAUGGUGUAAAAAACGAACAAAAACUGCUACUUUAGUAUAAGAUAUGUGUGAAAUCCAAGCUCGUUUUCCUUAGAAAAUGGAUACUAGUCCUUAUGUAUUUAGUCUGAGUCUCUAACACUUGUUUACCGGUUUCUUUCAAAGUUUGAUACAAAUGUAUGCUUGUACAACUACAGUAUUGCGAUUCAAAUUAAAAUAAAUCAAUGGUAGUCUUCCAUUGAAGUGUCAAAUUUUUUUAUAUAAUUAUACGCAUGCCAUUGAUUAUUAUUAUUGACUAGGGGACGCCUGCGACUUCUGCAGGAAAAUCAGUGUAAACAUUAAAAUAAAAGAUUUUAUAUCAUUAAAAAAAAAAUUACUUGAAUUUUUGCAAAUUAAUGUCUUUAGUUAAACUUAUUAGUUUAACCGUGAAAGUUAGUAAAUAUACAUACAUAAUUAAACAUUUAUAUUAUUAUGGAUUUGUGACGUCACAUUAUAGUAUCCAAUUUAUAGAGUAAAUUCUUCUGAUAUUGCCAAUAUCAUGUUGUUUUAAUAGGUAAUUUAGUCUGGAUUUAAAUUAACUAUUUGUUUAAAUAUUAUCUUUUGUUUUAUUUUGUAUGUGAGCUGUUUUUUUCUUUGUUGUAAGUUUGAACGCUGAAUAUAUUGAAACGCCUUUAACUUGCUAUAAAAUUGGAUCCAAAAUUAUUUGGGACAUACUGAAUAUCCAUCCAAAUGGUUAGGAUCAUACUGAAUACCCACUCAGUUGGUUUAGGACUAUAUUGGAUAAUGAAUACCUAGCUGGGAUUUACUGAUAGUGAAUAACGAAUAUCCACCCAGCUGGCUAAAGUUAUUGUGAAUACUGAAUAUCCACUCAGCUGAGUUGGUCAUUCUGGAUAUUGAAUACUUGUAAGAGACCUAAAAAGCGUUGAAUAUCAAUAUAGAAGUUAUUUUUACUGAAUAGCCACCCAGCUGGUUAUUGGGUAAUUGUGAAUAUUUAUUUGUAACUUAAUAAGGCGUAUCAGAUUCCGCCGUGUGAGUGCUCGAUAUGAAUUGGAAUUGUAGCCAUUAUUAAGACCAUUAUAUUUAAACUUGCGCCAAAUAAGAAUUACUGUCAUUGGAACAUACUAUGUAUAUCUACCUAUCUUUCCUUUGGCAUAUUCUCAUAUUUUAAUCAUUAAUUAAUUAUUAAAGUUAACAAAGAAUAAAUUAUUUAUAUUUCAACUAGCGCCUUUGGCUGGAACAAAUCAUACUCGGUUAAAGACCUGACAUUUUAAAUCGAUGAUCAAUUAAUUAAAUGACUACACCAUACUGCAUAGAAAGGAUAUUGAACGAUAUUUUGAAAAAAUAUAUUAAAAGAUCACUAGCGUAAAUUAACAACCCUGCAAGAAAAAAAGAAUUUGUUUCAGUGAGGAUUUGCUUCCAUUAGUAUUUCUCUCUCGCUCGCACAUAUCCUGUGAAUACGCGCACAUAUAAUGCGAACGAGAAAGCGAUGAAUUUCAAACUUAAAAGGGAUGUACCAAAUUAGAAUUGUAUACUCGUAAAUAUAAAUAUCUCAUUUGUAUAAUGGAAUAUUACUAAUCCUUACGUUGAGUGCUCAAUUGUUUUUUCGUACCCGUGUUUGAGUUUUAUUAAGUUUGGUCGGAGCUUAUAGUAAACUGCUAUCAUCAUUUGAGUUUUUUAAGCUUAUUCAUAGUUUAGUUAAUUUUUAUUACCUUGUGGUCAGCCAUUUUUUUUUUUUAGAAUUUUAUGUUAUUGUUCAGGUCGCUAUGUUUUACUUUAUCGUUAAGUACAAAUAUACUUAAUGCAAAGCCGAAUUAAAAGUCCAGAUAAAAUAACAUUAUGGUUGUUUUGAAAAAGUGUCAGUAGUGCUGAUGCCCUUGUAAUGUCAUGAUAACUUUUAUGUAUAAUAGAUCGAUGGUUUUAACUUUCUUUCUAAUUUAAGAGGCGUCAACUUUUAAAUUGAUGAUCGCGAUCAUGGCCCAGCCGUCUGUGGCCAUAGUUUCACUAUAAGCUUCAUGUAUAUAUUUUGGGCAAUAUUUGUUGCAGGCAGUUAUACAUAUACAUCUUGUUUUAUAGUUUUAUACGCACGUGUAUAACUAAGCAGAUUUGAAUAGUUUUUUUUUUUAAAUAUAGAAGCUAGUCGAUAAAGUUAUCGACAUGAGCGCUGUACAUCACUACGCGCCGCCAUUAAAACUAGGUGUAAGGGAGCGCGCCAUAUAUUUCGCUCUCCUCGCACUAUUCAUAGCGAAGCCUGCGACGAUAUUGUGUCCAUGCUAUAGUUAGGUAGUUUUAACUACUGUGCCGUUAGUUAACGUAUUUUGUAUUGUGUUGAAUUAUGUUGUCUAUUAAUAAUAAUAAAUAAUUACCCAUGUAUUCGAUAAUUUUGUAUAUUGUACCAGCGUAUAUUGUGUUAUGAACAGGUGUAUUAAAUUAAAAAUAACAUUAUAGUUUUAAAACAUC